CUAGUUUACAGGGAAACAAAGCAUAACUAUAAUGCGGAGAGCAUUCUUGGCGGUGCUUCUUGCGGCACUCGCGACCGCCCCGAAGGCACCAAAGGGCCCCAACUCCAAGCCAGGCUGCCAACCGAGCUGUGGCGGCGUCGACAUCCCCUACCCGUUUGGCAUCGGCGAAGGCUGCUUCCGCGAGGGCUUCGAGAUCACCUGCAAAAACAGCGCCCCGAUUCUAGGCAUAAAUAUACGGGUGCUGAACCUCUCCGUGACACCGCGUCCGGAGGCCAAGGUGAUUCUGCCGGUGGCUUACCAGUGCUACAACAUCAAAGGUGAAGUCUUGCAUAAAGACCAAGGUAACGUGAACUUCAACACGGCCGUGGACGCCUACCGCAUCUCCAACACUCGGAACGAGCUCUUCGUCCUUGGCUGCAACACCUUCACCAUGACCAACAGCGGGCGGAAAGGCCGCCACCAGUUCAGGUACUACACAGGAUGUGUCGCCUAUGCCAGCGACUCCAUGGACCUCGAGGGUGUGGAGGACGGGACCUGCGCCGGAGUCGGCUGCUGCCACGUCGACAUUCCGCCGGACCUGACGGACAACACGAUGCGGUUCGCCAACGACGAAAAUGGCAAUUGGUUGCACUCCAAUCAGGCGUUCUGCCCCUGCGACUACGCUUUCAUCGUGGAGAAAGGCCAUUACACGUUCCGGACAGCCGACCUCCGUAUGGAUGGCGGUGAGACCAGCAUGCCGCAGGUGCUGGACUGGGCCAUCCGUGGAAGGCGCGGCGACAGUUCUCCAUCUUGUACCGAGGCAGCCACCAUGCCGGAUUACGUCUGCGUCAGCAACCACAGCAAGUGCGUCAACUCCACCAAUGGCCCCGGAUAUUUCUGCAACUGCACCCAAGGCUACGAAGGCAACCCGUAUCUUCCCAAUGGAUGCACAAAUAUAGAUGAAUGUGCACGUCCGGAGCAAUUUCCAUGCCAUGGUGUUUGCCACGAUACCGAGGGUUCAUAUGAGUGCAAAUGUCGUCCCGGCUACCACAGUUUUCGUGAUCCAAAAGAAGUAUUUUGCAGUCCAACAUUCCCACGUCAAGCGAGAAUUGCUAUAGGUGUCGGCUUGGGCGUGUUCUUCUUGGUUGUUGUGCUACUCUUGGGACUCAUAAUGCACCAAAGGAAAAAACUUGCGGAAAAUUUUGAAAUGAACGGUGGUAACAUACUUAAAAGGGUAACAGGCCUAACCAUUUUCACAGAGAAGGACCUAAAAAAAAUCACAAAUAAUAAUUCAAAGUGCUUGGGUAAUGGAUUCUUUGGUAAAGUGUACAAAGGAACUCUACCUGAUAUAAGUGAAACAGUGGUGGCAGUUAAAUCUUUCAUCAAGGUAGAUGAAGAGAGAAUAGAGGAAUUUACCGAGGAAGUGAUGAUCCAAUUAAAAAUGAACCACCCUAAUGUUCUCAAGCUCAUGGGUUGCUGCCUCCAGUUAGAUGUUCCAAUGUUGGUGUAUGAGUUUGCUGCUAAUGGGAGCCUCAGAGACACACUCCACAGAAAUAAAAGGCAAAAUCUCUCAACAGAGUUACGAUUGGACAUUGCAAUUGGGUCUGCCAAAGGAUUAAGCUAUAUGCAUUCUCAAGACAUACGACAUGGUGAUGUGAAACCAGACAACAUACUUCUCAGUGAUAAAUUAAUACCAAAAAUAUCAGAUUUUGGGCUAUCUAAAUUGCUGAAGUUAGGGGAAAAAAUUGCUCAAAAGGUGGUUGGCUGCGAGGGUUACAUGGACCCAGUGUUCAGGAACACAGGUCUAUUAACACGAAAGAGUGACGUCUACAGCUUUGGAGUUGUUCUUCUAGAACUCAUAUCUAGGAAACAAAUGGUAUAUGGUCAAAGCGGUAGCCUCGUCAUCGAGUUCCGCCAUAUAUAUGAGACAGAACAUAGUGGAAGGUCAAUGUUUGAUGAAGAGAUUGUAGCAGAAGAAAACAUCAUAAUCCUGGAAGAAAUUGGCAAGCUAGCAAUGCAGUGUCUAAAAGAACGUCAAGAUGGCCGACCUGAGAUGGCAGAAGUAGCAGAGCAACUUGUCAAGCUUAGAAAGAAUACAGUUGAUUGGAAAGAGUACAUAGAAAGAGUGCUCCCGACAAGGCGACAACAGUAAGAUGAUCGGAGCUCCUGAUGCCACAUUGUUCAUGACACGCAGUCUGAUCUCAAAGAUUUCUAAGCUAAUACAGAGUCAACCGUUGCACCAGACUGGUAUAAGAAGGUGGGUUGCAUUGUAUUACUGUAGUCUUUCGUUGAUGUUUUGUGUGUAAGUGUCCGCUAUACGUGCACUGUUCCAUUCUC